ACAGAAAUUCUCUUUCUCUCUCAUCUCUCAUUGUGUACCUCUUUCCCUUACCUCCUCGGCUCCUCUGCUGCAGCUGCAAACCAAAGCAACGGGAAAAGCACAGAGUAUUUGAGAGAAUAUAGAAGCUCGCAAUACGACGAUGGAUCCCGAUUCAUUAGCCAAGGCGUUUGUGGAGCACUACUACACGACCUUCGAUGCAAAUCGUGCGGGCCUCGCUAACUUGUAUCAGGAGGGCUCAAUGCUUACUUUUGAGGGUCAGAAGAUCCAAGGCUCACAGAAUAUUGUAGCCCACCUGACCGGCCUUCCCUUUCAACAGUGCCAGCACAGCAUUACCACCGUUGACUGUCAGCCCUCCGGCCCCGCCGGCGGCAUGCUUGUCUUCGUCAGUGGCAAUCUUCAGCUCGCCGGCGAACAACAUGCCCUCAAGUUCAGUCAGAUGUUCCAUUUGAUGCCCACCCCACAGGGAAGCUUUUAUGUAUUAAAUGACAUUUUCCGGUUGAACUAUGCUUAAAAAAUGAGGGCGACCACCUGAGAACUAGAGUGGUUGGGACUUGGGAUGUCUGGAACCGCCGAUACCAGUUUGCUUAAUCCUGUUUAGUUUUUAGACAGAGAAUUGGGGGUCUUUGUUUUUUUUUUUUUUUAAAUAUUAGUGGUUGGUUGGUUGUUUGUGUUUUUACCUUUUAAAUAUUAUAUUAUAUCUUGGGAACCACCUGGGAUUUGCUUUGUUGUUAAGUGGUUUGGCUGAUUGGAUGAUGCACCGCCCUACAAUUCCAACAACUAGAGGGCCUGGGAGAUUUGAUGGCUUUUAAAUUUUGCAUUAUCAUUA